AUGGACUGUCACAAAGGCCUCGACUACAUUCAUGAAGCAGAGGAGGAUAUCUGGGUCGAGAAGAUCAACGAGCUUCGUCUCAACGGCCGUCUCUGCUCAUGGAUGACGGGUUUUCAUCCCCAGCAACUUCCGUGCCAUCUGGAAGGGGGCUUCCUCAAUGGGUCAUACAACGUCUGCCAAAUAUUCAUUUUUGAAGACGGAACCACCUGGAUCCUCCGCCUACCUCGAGUCUCCAGCAUUUCCCCUGAAUAUGCCGAGGAAAAAGUGAUCAUGGAAGUCGAAGCCCUGGAUAUCAUCCACAAAAAGACAACAAUCCCCGUACCACAGGUCAAGGCUUGGGGGUAUGCCAGGGAUAACUCUCUUGAUCUCGGGCCAUUUUUGAUCAUGGAGUGGAUUAAUGGUAUUUGCCUGGGCGGUAUUUUGAUUGAUGGCGAAUCACGAGUGAUAAAGAAAGAUAUCAGUGACGACAAAAUCGAAUUUAUCUACAGACAAAUGGCCGAUAUUAUGCUACAGCUCCAUGAAAUCGAUUUCGAGCGGAUCGGUAACCUCCCAACCCCACGGACUGGAGCAUCUGUACCUGUUCGACCAUUGACGUGGAAGGUGCAUGAUAUAUUGCGGACUGGAGGAGUCAACACCUUCGGUGACCCAGCUCAAGAAUUCCCGACGGUUACUGAAUACUUCCAACAUGUAAUCGGGCAAGACUGGAAACAACUUCAUGAUCAACCGAAUUCAAUCGGUGGCUGGUAUACGGCUAGCACUGAAUAUCGAAACCAGAAAGUCCUAGGACCUCUGAUUCCGGGCAUGGUACACCCGGAGUAUGAGCGGGGCCCAUUUAAAUUGAUCUGUGAUGAUCUUGGCCCAAAGAACCUGCUAGUGCGGAGCGCUGAAGAUCUCACCAUUGUGGGAAUGGUGGACCUAGAGUGGACUUAUGUUGGGCCAGCUCAGCUAUUCGCCUCAGCACCGUGGUGGCUUCUUCAAGACCGACCCAUCAACCAGCAGUGGGAUUUCAGUAAUGAUGACGUGCCUCCUCAGGAAAUAACUAGCCGCUAUUUAAGAUGUCUUGAUAUCUUCAAGCGCGUGCUCGAGGAAGAAGAGGCAAAGAGACCCGAAGCCAAGGGCAAGGGAACGAGCCUGUCCGCUCUUGUCAAGUGGUCAGAGACAUCUGGAGCCAUGUGGCUCCAUAUGCUUUUGUCCAGCGGCUUUCUUGACUCGUUGGGCUUUCCUUGUGGGCAUCUGCGGAGACAUGUCGGUGUUGAAUGGUGGCAGGAAGAGAUGACCAAACUCGAAGGUUCUGAAGAAGUCAAGGCAUUCGUGGACAAGAAACUUCCUAUGUUCGAUCGCUAUGAGGAAAACAUGAAGAAGAUCGAAGUGCAAAAGGCGCUUAUGGAUGAGGGUAAGAUAACAAAAAAGGAAUUCGCGGCUCUCGCGCGAUCUAUCCUGGCCGGUGAGCAAGGGAGCUGA